AUGCAUACCUCAACCUUCAUCUCCUCUUCUCUACUUGCCCUAGCAGCAACAGUCCAAUCUUUCAAGUUCACCGGCCCUAACACAUCAGAGGCUAUCGACUUAUCGACAGAGGUCACCAUCACAUGGAGCGAGGGCAACAGAUCAGUACAAGACAAAUGGCGAAACAUAGAUCUUACAUGGUUCUCUCAGCCCACUGAGCUGAGAAGCUUUGAGUUUGAACUCGCGUCCGGCCUCAACCUGUCCGACGAGCAAUUCAAGUUCACUCCCAAGAACACAAUCAAAACCCUCCAGCCAUUUGCGGAUCAACUUUCGAAGAACAAAGCUUUCUCAUUCAAAGCAACUCUUCGGAACGGGACGGGGCCUGAAGAUGUUGGCGCUGUGGUUUCAAGCAGCAAAUAUUAUGUCAUUGGGUUGCAGAAAACUACCAACGCUGCUGCAGCAGUCGGGUUUGGGUGGUCUCUAAUCGGCGGAAUGGCCGUUGUGUGUUUAGCAGUUAUUUAG